GCCUGAGGCCAGGAAUUGUGGGAGUUGAAGUCCAAAACACCGGGAGGGCCGAAGUUUGCCUAUGCUUGGCCUAGAGACUGCUUAUCCCUGGCUGCUACUGAAGGUUUAAGACAGGCCUUACCAACCAGUCACAGGCCGAAACAAGGCCUUCUUCACCAUCACAGCAACUCCCGUCUUGGAGGCCUCACUGUUGUUGUGUUUUCCCUCAGCGGCCUGCGCCUGUUUUACACAAAGGAGGUUUCGCUCAGCUAGUGCUGGCUUUGAGGCCACUUCUUUUCAAACUGGCCUGCCUUACAAGUGUGUCGACAAUAGGCAAAGCUGGCUGUGUACUUUCUGGUGAAAGACAAUGAACUGGGUUGGAGGCUCCCGCAAAAGAAUCGUACUUAACAAGGAGAAAAGAAAGCAAAAGGAAUUCUUUGAAAAGGAAAAACUGAAAUCAAAGAUGAAACUUUUGGGAGUGUCUCCCCUUAAAAAGUCAGCUAUCAGCCUUGAUCUUCUCAAUCUGUAUGUUGUUAACCAAAUCUCUACUAGGAAGGAUAAUACUGACAAUAUCCGAAUGCCAGUUCAUGUGGAAAUUAACAGAGGAAUAAAACAUCCAUUGAGAAGACACAACGUAGAAUUACCCAAAUCACCAGAACGCAGACCAUCUAAAUCUUUCUCAGAUGACAUCCAGCUCAGGGUACAACAAGAAGUAUUAGAAAACAGACGGAAAUACCUGUUAGAGAAGGAGAACAUUAAGGCACAAAGCUUACAAGCAUCUCAGCUGGCAAACACUAAGUGUGAAGAUCCUUGGCUUUCUAAACCACCACACUGGCAAAACAAUUUUAACAAGCCAACUGUAGAGGGACAUGCUGGCCUGUAUUUCCAUCAGAUUAACAGUCCAGGAUGUAGUAGCAUGUUUGACAAGUCUCCCAAGUUCACUGCUGAUGCAGACUUCGGAAGCAAUCACAGAGAAGACCCAUUGGUUGGCAUUGUGAAUGACCCUAUGAAGAAUACCCAUGGAGAAAGUUCCCAUCCUAUCACAGCACUAUUUGAAGAGAAGAAUCAGCAGUUUUUGACUCUCCCUUCUUCACAGUCCUGCCAUUCUUUUGCUAAAAAGAACCCCAUUGAUCAGCUGUUUACAGAUUCAAUUGAUGCACAUCAAAUAUCCAAUUUGCAUAGUCUUUAUACAAGCGAGCAGACAGCAUGUUCUGUUCAAAGACAGUCUGCGGAAAGGGAUCUCAAAGGGAUUUUCACAGCUCCAGAGCAGAUUUUAUUUUCUAACAGUCAAAGUUUAAAUGCAGUCGACCAAGAGACUGCUAAGACUCAACUGAAAGAUUGCUAUCCCGAAGAAAGAAAUAGUGGAAUAUUUACAGAUCAACAAGAGAAUACCAGAGAUAUUGAAAAUACAGGAAGAUUUGAAAACCAAAUGAAAAAUAUGAAUGUAGCCGAAACAAUAGAAAACUAUUUUCAAAAAUGCAGGGAGGAUGGGCUGGCAGAAUCAAAUCUGAAUCAUUUGCAGAUCUUUGGCUUUGAAGAGAGAGAAAAAGCAUGCUGCAAUUAUUAUGAUGAGUAUUCAAAUCAAGGAGAAUCAAAGGGUUAUGAAUCUUCGCAAAGCAGCCUGUCACCUAGUUAUCCUCCAAAGCAAACAGAGAGAUAUAUGAGUACUACAUCCGAUGAGUCUGACAAGAAAGAACAGGACGAUAAAGCCUCGUGUUUUUUUGAGAACGCUUUUCCAAGAAGUCAUGGCAAUUCCCUUUCAGCUUCAGGAAAUCAGAGGGCACAGUGUUCCCACCAGUCAGUGGACAUGUAUUCUGUUUUCCUUGAAAGCGCAUCCAGAGAAACAGUUGAUAUUCACCACCAGACAAAGUCAGACAUAGGUCUAAGAAAAAAUAUGGCAUACAGAACUGGGAAAGAUUUGUUGGGUGUAUCUUUUGAAAAUCAAUAUGUUAAUUUUAAUCCAAGAUGCAAUGCUUGGUCCCAAACAGAGCCCUGUGGAACAGAUGGAAUUAAAAAAUGUGAUGCAGCCAUACAGUGCAACAUAAUGCAGGCUUGUGGCUGUAAAAAUGUGCUGUCCUCUGUCCAUAGUGCUGAAAUUAUCUCUUCUACCAGCAGAGUACAGACCACUGGAGGGCAGAGCAUUCCAGCAGACAGAGCAGCACUUCUGUCUUCAAGUUGCUAAAAUGUCUCUGUUCAGGAAGAGUUUGUCUCCUCAUAGUAAAAGACAUAAAAACCAAGCUUCAGCACCAUAGAUUUUAUCUGCGUAAUGAAUAAAUGGAAAAUGUGACUAGAUAGAAUUCAAGUCAAACCCACGUGUGCUCUUUGGUAGUGCAGCCAAAUUGACCAAUUCCACUGAUUAAUCCCUUCCCUCACAGUCUAUUUAAAUACACUGGACACAAACCAAGACAGAAUUGAACAUCAUCAGCACAAAUCUGUAUUAUGUCUGUCUUAUGUUACAGUAGUUCAUAAUGUCAUGUCAUAUUACGCUGGAGUUCAGUGCAAGUAACCCCCAGCAGCGAGUGUAUUUAUUUUGCUGUCAUUACAUCGUUCAUGAUAAAAUGUUGUCUAGUUGAAAAAGUUAUAGCUGUUGUUCCUCUCUCCUUUUCUUCUUGAUGCCAAUGAUAAACACAUUAUAAUUCAGAUGUACAAAAAUUUUCAUGUCUUGCUCUGCCAUGUCUCUCCUUUCUUCUCUUUACAUGUUCAGCUGCAGAGGAAACUUUUGGCUUGUUAAACUACAGCUGCCUUUUAUAUCAGGGCCAAACAUUCUUGUGGCUAAAGAACAGCUUAUCACCGAGACUGGCUUGAUUCUAUUUGUUGGCAUCACUUAAGCCAAAGUAUGCUGGUUUCCAGGCAGAUACUGAUGUUUAUCAAACCAGGAAGCCUUUACUGCUAGCCCUGCAAGGAGAGGGAGAGAAUGGAAUAGAGAACAUGCACACUUUUUCCUUAUUCAUAUGCCAAUAAAAACAUGGUUUGCCGGAGGAGUCCAUGACAUCUGGGCCAGAUUCAGCAAUUCAAUCCCAUGCCAGUUGUCAACACACAAGAAUCCUCUUUUAAUAUCUAUUUUAAAAAUAUAAUGGGACAAAAAUAAAGCAAGCCUUUUGUACAAUCAGAACUGGCUUCCAGAAAGUGCGUGCCCAUUGUUAUAUUCAAAUACUUCCUUUUUUCUUGCCUAUUUAGUUCACCAGUUGUUGGAGUGUUGCUUGUUUGGAUGGUUAUCUUUACAGAUUGUGAUUUUCUUCAUUUUCUUCAAUAGCCAUGUUAUUUAUAAUCCAUGAAAAUCAGUCUGUGUCCCUUUACUUUUUCUCCUUUGCUAAGACCCCCCAAAUCCUCUAUUGGCCACUGGACCUCUCCUCUCUUCAAUGCUGCCACAUCCAUGCAGGACAGCCUCGAGAGCGGCAGUUGAAAAGAGCUUCCAAUUUUAUCUUAAGCCUUGGCCUCCUGAUUGUCUGCUCUGAUCCCAUUUUGUUUUGGGUCAAAAGAAAUGCGUUAACUGUUGUUUUCAAAGCCACACAAGAAAGGGGUAGAUUAUUGAAGAGGUUAAUAUGUUAUGUCUUCUUCUCCACUGUUGAAAGAUUUGCUGACCCUGCUUCAGCUGGGUCUUUCCGUUAGCAUACGUACAAUUUGACGAUGGAACGGCCUCAGAUGAUUAUUUUUGGAUGAUGUGAUUCUAACACUGAAUGUAACUGUUUUAAAUGCUUUAAUUGUUUAAUAUGUAUUCAUUUUAAAAUUUUAACUGUUUUAAAGUCAUUGUUUGUAUGUUUUCAAGGCAUUUAAUGGUUGCCAUAUGUAAGCUGCCUUGAGUCCCCUUCAGGGUGGACAAAGGCGGAGUUGAAAUAAGGUAAAUAAAUAAAUACAUAUUUCUGA